AUGUCAGCUUACCCAACUAGCAUCAGUCCAAUGGAUUCUGACGCGGCUGCAGCAGAAUCCCAUCAGCGUUCCGUGGCUCAGUAUUACAGUGAUGUGGAUGCGGCUGAUGUUGCUACUCGUGUUGCCAUGGUCAGGUUUUUUAAUUCGCCAAAUUUGCUGUUGAACUUCAGCGAGCACACGAGGACAUUGCGACUUUAUCCUCGUCCGGUUGUAGCGUUUCAAAUCAACAGCUUCCUGCGUUCGAGGAGCCACACAAGCGCUUUUCUCUCGCGAUUUGCUUGCACUCAGGCUGUGGAAUAUUUGGCGGAAUGGUGUCUGAAUCCGACGAAUGUCGCCUUUUUGAGAGUGCAAACCGGUGUUUGCGAUCCUGCCCUGGUUGGAGACAAAUGCAAAUGGUUUCAGCACGAAUUGGAACCCCUGGUUUUUCCGGUGUGGGACGACAAUUCUACUCUGGCUGCUGUUUUGCGAUCAGCUUCCGAACUCGAGAAUUUACCCACUGAUGAAAGUGGCAGUGAUUCUGAUGGGGAAAACAGCACGAGUUCCUCGUAUUCCUCACUUUCUGAUGUGGUGUCCGAUGUUUCUCCAGGGACACAUCAUCAUCAUCAGCAGCACCAGCACCAUCAAGAAAAGAGCAAAACGCAUCAGGCAAAAGAACCUCACGCCCUUUUGUCCAGUGGCCUGGAUCCGCGAUCCGUGUAUCGUCCACCGCAAAACCUGCGUCUGCCAAACGGGGCCCCGUAUUUCGUUGGCAACGCUGUUCCUGCGGGUCUGUCUUUGGACCCGUCAUCUGCCGACAAAUCCGGGAAUCUUCGUUCCUCACCUUCUUCGCCUUCGUCGUCUGAGAGCAAUUUCAGCUCUGGAGAUGACGACGACAAACGAGAAAGUGGUGAAGUACGCAGUGCUUCGGGAACUGUCUCUUGGUCGCCGGCGCAGUUGCAAAAUCAGCAGAAGCCGCCAAGUCCGCCACCUCGUCCGCCACCGCCAGUCUUGCCAGCGUCCAAUAAGGCUCCUGCUGCUGGCAAACCCGCGACGCCCUCUCGACAGACAAGCAGUAAUCUCUUUGAAUCUGCUGCUGGCGGCUUUGGAGCCAAAAUGCAGCAAUUAUUUGCCACCAUUUCUGAUCGUGACAGCAACGGUGGAUCUCCGAUGAGUCCAAGAAGACAAGUGGGAUCGUCGGUAGAAAGCGUCGAAUCGGACUCGGGGUCCGGGGCGUCGACGUCAGUGCGGACCGUGAUGGCGGCGUCGGCGGUGUCGACGCCUCAACACGUGCAACUCAGCGGAGUGUCGCCGUCGGGCAGCGUUUCCAGCGAAAUCGACGUCCGGGAACUUGGUUCGAAUAACAGUCAGCAGCACAAGAAACUGGCUUCGAGUACCUCGUCCUUGGGGCUGACGCAAGGAGCGAAAAAGGCGGCAGAAGACGCGUCCAAGAGGGCAGCUGAAGCCUCGACGAAGGUGAUGGAACACGGACAAAAGGCCGCUGAAGCGUCGCGGUCGACAUUGGACGACCUGACACACGUCAGCAAAUUCACUCUGGGAGACUUAUCGACGAAGGCGCAGAAGGCAGCUGCGAAGCGAGGAAUCGUCCUCAAGGGUUUGGGUGACUCGGGGGAGCGAGACACGAUCCCGGGUUACGAGGGUAUGAUGGCGGAUCCGAUGUACGCCAGCGAACCCUGCGGCCCACUUUCGCCGACGGUGUCAAUUUCGCAGGGGAAUUUAGGACCGGGUUCCAGAGCGUCAAUUUCUUCCAGUUCCAGUCGAGAGUUCCAGCUCUCCAGCUCUGGCAAGGACUUCUUCACGUCAGUCACGUCCGAAAUCGAAAGCCUGACAGCUCAAACGUCGUCCAUUUUCAGCGACUUUUUUGGCACCGGGAAAAACGGAAACGGAAACGGGCAGAGUGGAGGAAACCCUCCUCCUCCUCCUGUUCCUCUUCAACAGCAGCAGCAGUCGUUUCAGCAAAGACCUCCUGGUGCCGAUUUGGAGCGAAGUCCUUCAGUAAUUACGACAGACAGCGUGACACGGGGGUCGUCAACGUCGACACCAACCAUGACCCAACCCCAGACUGGGUUCUCUCGACAGUCGUCCCGUGAAGGACCAGGGCGUCCUCAGCCUUUCGGCCCAUUUCCCACCGGGCGGAAGGGAAUAAUAGAAAAAUCCCCGCUGAUACGACACGCGGUUCCUAUCGACAAAGCGCAGGCUGAGCUGCAACGUAUACAUCACAUGGAAACCCGAACGUCUGUUACCCACGAAAACCAGAACUUCCUCAAAGAUGUGGUUCAGCACGUAUUGGCUGGAGAAGGGAUAGGAUGGCUAAAGCUGAACAGAGUGAAGAAACUCAUGGAAGACGAGAACUAUCGAAACUUUUUAUUGUCCCGUCUGAAUCAAACCUUGGAUCGCAAAAUAGGACCCGAUGACCACAUCGACGAUGUCUGUGUUAAAAAGUCCGUGUGGAAAGGCAUGGUGAAAUUGUGCCUGGCAGUGCAACACGGCCUGGAGCAAAGCUACGCCAACAGUGUUGGCAGUGGUGGAAUGGCCUCGUGCUUCCAGUUAUUCGAAGUUGCUCACACCCACUUCUGGACCAAGGAUCUCUCGGAUCCCCACAACACACAUGCUUUCGGAGAUUUAUCACAAACCUCUACUGCAGCCGUAUCGAGGUCGUCAAGUCCUGCAUCGGAAAGCAUGGAUAACCUGAAACUGUCUCCCAUGACACCGACCGGAGGCUUUUCUGGAACAGAAGACGGGGGAUCCACAAUUUUCCCCUCCAUGUCUUCCGUGGAAAGUUCGAGAAAGUCAUCUCGAACAGUGGAUUCAGGUCCUGGUGCGAAGCUGGUCCACGACACCUUGCGGUCGCCCGUGUCGCCAACAAACGAGUUCCCACCAGCAGCACCAGACACCCCGUCCAAUGAAGAAGUUAUUUCGAGUCGGAAAAGUUCGUCAGCGACUGGCAUGGGUACCUUGAAUCAAAUCCCGAGUUUGGAUCAAAAACGGGCGUCCAUUUCAUCGACGGCUGGCGAAUCUGGUGCCAGCAGACGCGGAUCGUCGACCAUGGACACCUUGCGGGAGAUAUUCUCGCAGAAAAAGCAGCAGAUCCAGUCCCGGCUGUCAAACUUUGAGCCGAAUCAUCCGGAAAUAUCCGAUGCUUGUUCGGAAGCAGGGAGCAUCGUGACCAAUCCAGCGAUCCAAAGGAUGCCUCGCAAAGCAGCUGGAUCUCAGCGAUCGACUGCCUCUGAUGGGGACUUGGACCAUGCUUCGAACUUGUUCUUGAAUUUCCCGCGAAAUUUACCGAGCGCGGCAUCUACCGGGAAACGAAGCAGCGUUUGGUCGUCGAAAUCAUCUCUCAGUACGGGGUUUCGUUAUCACGGUGGCAGCAUAAUAUCCACUGCAACGACUCCGAGUCCAGAAACAGGACGCAUCUACGUUUUCCAAGGGCUUCUUAAAGAAAGAUGCAAUCUCUGGCACCAAAUGCAAUUUUGGGAAGACGCAUUUCUGGACGCUGUUGCGCAAGAAAGGGACAUGGCUGGAAUGGAUCAAGGACCCAUUGAGAUGAUGGAAAGGUAUAAAAAUUUGAGCGAAACGGAAAGGAAGCGGUUGGAGCACGAAGAGGACAGGUUGUUGGCAACCAUGCUUUACAAUCUAGUCGGUUUCAUGAUCAUGUUGGGAGUGGAUCAAGAGUCGCUGAGGCGCAAAGUGAGGAGACUUUUGGGAAAAUCCCACAUUGGGUUAAUCUACUCGCAAGAAGUGCAGUUAUUGCUGGAGCAAAUACACCAAUUGCACGGAAAUGACAUCGACUUGAAGCCAUUGCCAUCACGUCAACUUCAUCGUCAAAGUUUCACAGUUCACGUGGGAACAGAAAACACCGGAGAACUGAUGUUUCUCGAGGUUCGCGACGAUGGAAUCAUCGUCAGAUCCGUGAACGGAGCCAUUGUCGAGCGUUGGUGGUACGAAAGAAUAGUGAACAUGACGUACUCGCCGAAAAACAAGGUCUUGUGUUUGUGGAAGCGUUCGGGAGGUGAGACGCACUUGCACAAGUACCACACGAAAAAGUGCAAAGCUCUGUACUAUUGCCUGAAAGAGGCGAUGGAAAGAGCAGCUGCCCGAGGGCAAGGCGGCAUUCCCGGUGCGGAACUCGGGGGUGAGUUUCCGGUUCAGGACAUGAAAACGGGCGAAGGGGGAUUGCUUCAAGUUUGCAUGGAAGGUGUUGGUCUUCUCUUUGCCAGUUCCAAGGCGGACCAGAUUUGUUACUCCGUGCUUUGCGUGUUCUCGUAUGUCGCUGCAGGACAAAAGCAGCAAAAGUCUUUAACAUCCGCGUCGUCAUUGGACGGAAAACCGAAGCCAACGUGAAAAAAAAACGUAGCUUUCUUCUUGCAUGGAUAAAAACUCGAAGUGCAUAUAGUGAUUCCGUGCAACGAUUCAGCAACGAACGAAUUAAGCUCCACGCUGUUAUUGUUGCCUUAACUUACGAUUUCCUCGCGUUUUUUGUUACCCGAAUGUGCUUCGACUGCUUCAGCAAAAAGCGAUAAAGUCUGCUCAGAAAUAUAGAGUUUAAUAAGUGCUCGGAGAAGCGAAGAAAGACGAAUUAGGAAUGGGCUCGAUCGACGCUUCGAAUUGUAAUGAAACAUUCGGGAGGCAGUGAAAUACUAUACACAAUUGAGGCAUAUCCAGCAGCGGAACAUAGUAUUUAAAAUCUCGUGAGGGCUUUUUGUCAAGUGCUUCUAAGCGGACAGGAAAAGUGAUCGUGAUGACUCAUAUGAUGAACGAAGAACAGUGUAGGGAAUGAAUAAAAAAAAGGCUUGUUGAAGAAUACA